AUGGCUCCCUUCUCUCCACGUUCCUCAGGCAACACCGGGAAGCGGGGCAAGGAGGAUCUGGCCCCCAGCCCCCAAGACGGCAGUCCGUGCUUCUCCACAGCCAGCGUCUUCUUGCAAGGGGGGCUUGGGAGGAGCUCUGGGCACAGCCGUGUGGCUGAUGGGGCGAAGGAGGUGCCGGAGGUGCUGCUGGACCCGCGGAGCCGUCGGCGGUACGUGGUGGGGCGCUUCCUGGGCAAGGGCGGCUUCGCGCGGUGCUACGAGCUGACGGAGGGCGAGAGCGGCGCCGUCUUCGCCGGGAAGGUGGUCCCCAAGGCGCUGCUGCUGAAGGCGCCCCAGCGGGAGAAGAUGUCCAUGGAGAUCGCCAUCCACCGCAGCCUCCAGCACCGCCACGUCGUCGGCUUCCAGGGCUUCUUCGAGGACGCCAACUUCGUCUUCGUCGUCCUCGAGCUCUGCCGCCGCAGGUCUCUUCUGGAGCUGCACAAGCGGAGGAAAGCGCUGACGGAGCCGGAGGCCCGCUACUUCUUGCGGCAGAUCAUCCUGGGCUGCCAGUACCUGCACAGCAACCGGGUCAUCCACCGCGACCUCAAGCUGGGCAACCUCUUCCUGAAUGACGACAUGGAGGUGAAGAUAGGUGACUUUGGCUUGGCUACGAAGGUGGAGUAUGAGGGGGAGCGGAAGAAGACGCUGUGUGGGACCCCCAACUACAUCGCCCCUGAGGUGUUGGGCAAGAAGGGCCACAGCUUCGAGGUGGACGUCUGGUCCAUCGGCUGCAUCAUGUACACCCUCCUGGUCGGAAAGCCACCCUUUGAAACCUCCUGUCUGAAGGAAACGUACCUGCGGAUCAAGAACAACGACUAUACUGUCCCGUCGCACAUCAACCCCAUAGCUGCUACCCUGAUCCGGAAGAUGCUGCGCUCGGACCCAGCCACCCGCCCCACCAUCGAGGAGCUGCUGACCGACGACUUCUUCUCGACGGGCUACAUCCCCUCCCGCCUGCCCACCACCUGCCUGACGGUCCCGCCCAGGUUCUCCCUGGUCCCCAGCGGGCCCGACCCCAGCGGGAGGAAGCCCCUGGCCGUGGUCAACAAAGGCCCAGACAGCCCCGUGCCGGACAAGUUGCCCGAGAAGGACGAGGAGGCGGCCCUGCGGGAGCCGGGUGACUCUGUGGACAGUCUCCUGAUGGACCUCCUGCAACAGCUGACCGUGGUGAACUCCUGCCGGCCUUCUGAGAGAGUGCCUGUUAGACAAGAGGAGGCCGAGGACCCUGCCUGCAUCCCCAUCUUCUGGGUUAGCAAGUGGGUGGAUUAUUCGGACAAGUACGGCCUAGGCUACCAGCUGUGCGACAACAGCGUGGGCGUCCUCUUCAACGACUCCACCCGCCUCAUCAUGUACAACGACGGGGACAGCCUGCAGUACAUUGAGCAGAAUGGCUCUGAGUCCUACUUCAACGUGCGCUCGUACCCAGACGGCUUCAGCAAGAAGGUCACGCUGCUGGAGUACUUCCGCAACUACAUGAGCGAGCACCUGCUGAAAGCCGGCGCCAACAUCACCCCGCGGGAGGGGGACGAGCUGGCCCGCCUGCCCUACCUGCGCACCUGGUUCCGCACGCGCAGCGCCAUCAUCCUGCACCUGAGCAAUGGCACCGUGCAGAUCAACUUCUUCGAGGACCACACCAAGGUCAUCCUCUGCCCCCUGAUGGCGGCCGUCAGCUACAUCAACGAGAAGCGUGAGUUCCGGACCUACAAGCUGAGCCUGAUCGAGGAGUUCGGCUGCAGCAGGGAACUGGCCAACCGCCUCCGCUUCGCCCGCACCAUGGUGGAGAAGCUGCUGGCCUCCAAGGCCGUCCCCGCUGUCCCCAAGCCUUCGGCCUAGAGCCCCGGCCGGGGCAGAGGACCGUCUCCCACUCCCGACAGCGCUCCACGGGCAGUGACGUCGCCCCGGAGCCACAGUGCCUGCCUCUCCGUCUCCAGGCCAGCUUCCAGCCGGAGCGGUCUGUUCUUCCAGCUUCCUGGCAAAGCACACGCAACAGGGCCACCUCCCCCCCCCCACCCCCCAAUUUUGGUGGAGAAGUCGCCCUCCCGUUGCCUGGCAUCCAGCGCUGCAGCCCUUCCGCACGAGGGGGGUGUUUGUUCUGUGAACUUCAGGUGGCCCACGGCCUACCCUUUUAAAUACUAAAAAUGAAUAAA